AUGUCUGACGACGAGGGUAACUUCGCUCACCAGGAAGGUGGGCAAACGGGAUCCUUGACCUAUCCCAUGCAGGCUGGCGCGCUCAAGAAGGGAAGCUACCUUUGCAUUAAUGGGCGGCCCUGCAAGGUUAUUGACCUUUCUGUGUCAAAGACCGGCAAACACGGACACGCCAAGGUCAGUAUUGUUGCCACUGAUAUCUUCACUGGCAACAAGAUGGAGGAUCAAGCCCCAACAACACACAAUGUGGAGGUUCCGGUUGUGAAGACGGCGACAUACAGCGUUCUCGAUAUCCAAGAAGACCGUGAGGACCCCAGCAAGCCCGCAAACCUUUCCCUUAUGGACGAUGAAGGUGAGACACGCGAUAACCUGAAUAUGCCCCCUAAUGCUGAAUUGGCUGCGCAGAUCAAGGAGCAGUUUGACGCAGGUAAGGAUGUGCUGGUCGUUGUGGUCUCUGCCAUGGGAAUCGACCAGAUUCUCAGCUUCAAGAAUGCUGUGGAAAAGUAA